AUGAGAGUGACGGAAGUGAUCAUAGAUGGCUUCAAGUCAUACGCCGUCCGGACGGUCAUUUCAGGAUGGGACGAGAGCUUCAACUCAAUUACCGGCCUGAACGGCAGUGGAAAGUCCAAUAUUCUAGACUCAAUCUGCUUCGUUCUGGGUAUUACGAACAUGUCUACUGUUCGCGCGCAGAAUCUCCAGGACCUCAUUUACAAGCGCGGCCAGGCCGGUGUAACGAAAGCCAGCGUCACGAUUGUAUUUGAUAAUCGAGACAAGAAGACAUCCCCUAUUGGAUUCGAGGAAUAUGCGACCAUCAGCGUAACGCGCCAGAUUGUCCUCGGUGGAACGUCCAAGUACCUCAUCAACGGACACCGAGCACAGCAGCAAACGGUCCAGAAUCUUUUCCAGUCUGUGCAGCUGAAUAUAAACAACCCCAACUUCCUAAUUAUGCAAGGAAAAAUCACCAAAGUCCUGAAUAUGAAGGCAGUGGAAAUUCUGGCUAUGAUUGAGGAGGCCGCCGGCACCAGAAUGUUUGAGGACCGUCGUGACAAGGCGCUCAAGACCAUGGCGAAGAAAGAUUUGAAACUGCAAGAAAUCAGAGAACUGCUCCAAGAGGAAAUCGAGCCCAAGCUUGAGAAGCUCCGCACAGAAAAACGUGCCUUCCUGGACUUUCAGCAAACACAAAACGAUCUUGAACGCCUAACCAGGGUAGUAGUUGCCCAUGACUACGUCAGGUACCAGGAGAAGCUCGAACAAUCUGCCGCAGACCUGGAAGGCAAGAAACAAAGACAAAAAGACCUCGAGGACUCGGCCGUGCGGUUGAAGAGCGAAAUCGCACAUCUCGAGGAGGACGUUCAGAGAGUCAAGUCGCAGCGCGACAAGGAGCUCCGCAAGGGUGCGAAGGCACAAGCGCUCGAGGAGGAUGUGAAGAAGCAUUCAAACGAGCUCGUUCGUCUCGCAACUGUCAUAGAUCUCAAGAAAUCCAGUCUCGCUGAGGAAAGGGAGCGGAGAACAGCCGGCGAGAAGAGUGUCGCCGAGUUGGAAUCCGCCCUGAAGGAGAAGACCAAGGCCUACGAGAAGAUCAAGGCCAAAUACGACUCGGCAAAAGAGGAACAGGAAAAGCAGUCACAGGAGGCCGAAGCGAAGGAAGAGCUACUCCAGACUCUACAAACAGGUGUGGCAUCCAAGGAAGGCCAAGAGAACGGUUACCAAGGUCAGCUACAAGACGCCAGGAAUCGUGUUACUGCUUCUGUUACCGAGCAAGAACAGGCCAAAAUUAAGAUUGCUCAUCUCGAAAAGAGGAUCAAAGAAGAGGAACCACGGGCCAAGAAGGCGAAAGAGCAGAAUGCAGGAUUGCUCAAAGAAACUGAUGUGCUCAAAUCGCAAGCCCAAAAACUCGAGAAGGAGCUAGGCAAGCUCGGCUUCCAGCCUGGCGCAGAGGAGGAUAUGUACAAGAAAGAGAGUACACUGCAGCAGACCAUUCGAAAUCUCAGACAAGAGUCUGAUGGCCUCAAGCGAAAGGUGGCUGGCAUUGACUUCAACUACGCCGACCCAACACCGAAUUUUGACAGGUCAAAGGUGAAGGGCCUUGUUGCGCAGCUCUUCACACUGGACAAGGAGCACACUCGCGCAGGAACCGCUCUGGAGAUUUGCGCAGGUGGUCGUCUCUACAAUGUCGUCGUUGACACCGAAGUAACCGGUACACAACUUUUGCAGAAUGGAAAGCUUCGGAAGCGUGUGACUAUUAUUCCUCUCAAUAAGAUCUCAACCUUCCGUGCCUCAGCCGAGACCAUUGCGACGGCCCAGAAGAUUGCCCCUGGCAAAGUCGACUUGGCUCUAUCCCUUGUCGGCUAUGACGAUGAGGUCUCGGCGGCAAUGGACUAUGUCUUCGGCAACACAUUGAUCUGUGCCGAUGCCGACACCGCUAAGAGGGUCACUUUCGAUCCAAAUGUGCGGAUGAGGAGUAUCACCCUUGAAGGUGACUCCUAUGAUCCAUCUGGUACUCUCUCUGGAGGCAGCUCGCCAAACUCAAGUGGAGUCUUGGUCACUCUGCAGAAGCUCAAUGAAAUCACAAGGCAGCUGAAGGAAGCCGAACGGUCCUUGAGCGAGCUUCAGGGCCAGAUCUCCCGAGAGAAGUCUAAGCUAGAUCAGGCACGGAAGAUUAAGCAAGAGCUGGACCUCAAGUCUCACGAGAUCAAGCUCGCCGAAGAGCAGAUCAACGGUAACUCAUCCUCAUCUAUCAUCCAGGAGGUGGCCAAUAUGAAGGAGACUAUUACCCAGCUUCAGAAUGAGUCUAAGGAGGCGAAGAAGAGGCAAGCCGAGGCAAGUGCUGACGUCAAGAGAAUUGAGAAGGACAUGAAGGACUUCGACAACAACAAAGACGGCAAACUAGUCGAACUACAAUCAUCUCUUGACAAGUUGAGAUCAUCCCUGGAGAAACACGCAGCGUCUGUCAAGUCUUUGCAGAAGGAGCUCCAAGGGGCACAGCUUGACUCAGAACAGGUCUCCGGCGAUCUCGCCGCCGCUCGGGAACAGCUGCAAGAAAUCGAUCUAGCGAUUAAGUCACAGCAGGAUGAAAUUGCGGACAUAUCCAAACAGCGUGAUGAGCUUAAGGAGGUCCAUGACUCCGUCCAACUACGUCUAGAUGAAGAACGCGCUAAGUUGAGCAUCUUCGACGAUGAACUGCGCGCGCUAGAAGAGGCAACACGGUCCAAGAACGCUCGAAUUGCCGAGGAGGGCCUAGAAAUGCAGAAGCUCGGCCAUCAAGUCGAGAAGUUCCACAAGGAGCAACAAAACGCUGUGCAAGCUGUAGCCCACAUGGAGAACGAGCACGAGUGGAUCGCCGAGGAGAAGGACAACUUCGGUCGCUCAGGCACUCCGUACGACUUCAAGGGCCAGAAUAUCAGCGAAUGCAAGUCGACGCUGAAGAACUUGACUGAGCGCUUCCAGGGCAUGAAGAAGAAGAUCAACCCGAAGGUCAUGAACAUGAUCGAUAGUGUUGAAAAGAAGGAGCUGUCACUAAAGCACAUGAUGAAGACGGUCAUUCGUGACAAGAGGAAAAUUGAAGAGACCAUCAUCAGCCUUGAUGAUUACAAGAAGAAGGCUCUCCAUGAGACGUGGGAGAAAGUGAAUCGCGACUUCGGUGAGAUCUUCUCGGAGAUUCUUCCCGGUGGCAGCUUCGCGAAGCUGGAUCCACCCGAGGGCAAGACGAUCAGCGACGGCCUGGAGGUCAAGGUGUGCCUGGGCAAGGUGUGGAAGCAGAGCUUAACAGAACUCAGCGGUGGUCAAAGAUCUCUCAUUGCCCUAUCCCUCAUUAUGGCCCUUCUCCAGUUCAAGCCUGCGCCCAUGUAUAUUCUUGACGAGGUCGAUGCAGCGCUGGAUUUGUCUCACACACAGAACAUCGGCCGCCUCAUCAAGACUCGAUUCAAGGGCUCGCAGUUCAUUGUUGUCUCUUUGAAGGACGGCAUGUUCCAGAAUGCGAACCGCAUCUUCAGGACACGGUUUAGCGAGGGAACAAGUAUGGUCCAGGCAUUGACCCCUGCGGAUAUGAGGUAA